UGUGCCACUUCUGUUUUGUCGCCACAUGUAACCUGGCUGCAGCCUCAGAAAUAAGAUGCCCCUUAUAACCUAAUCGAUUGCCGAGCAGAGAGGGAGACUGGGUCCGCACUCUGUGAUCCGUUUCUCUGUGUCAGACCAACUUCCCAGAAUAGCUACUCGGGCGGGUUGACUGCUGCUGCUGUGCUGCUCUGGAGGAGGAAGUCAGUGGUGGAUUCAACAACUGUUGCUUUUGUUGCUGCUGCGGAACCAAACUACCUUUCAGUCCGCGCUGCAUGGCGCAUGUCGGGCUAGAAUGAAGUCUAUUCCAAGCCGAGACAUACAGUCUGGAUCAAUGUGCAAGUUCAUGGGAAUAUAUAAACUCCUACGUGUUUAAGGGAGGUGGAGACAAUUUACCACCACCCCCUACCCCCCUCCCUCCGUCCUUGACUGAAAUCACCAACUAAUUUUGCACAGGGGAGACACUUGAAGAUUCUCUACGCAACGAUAACAAGGGGCUGAGAGAUAAAGCACUCCCAAAGCACUUGAAAUGGAGGCUCCUGAUGGCUACUGUGCUAGUAACGGCCAGUGCUCUCCUGGUAAGGAGAACUCGAGAAUGUUGGAGGAUAUUUCCACACCUAAUGGACAGACAGUUCCUCAGGGUCCUAAUUCCCCCAGUGAUCUGACAAUUAAGCAAGAGGAAGAAACAGCGGAGGAAGCUGACAACAGAAGCCCCGCACUUGAAGAAGUAGGCCAAACAGGGGAGGAAGGAGUAGUAUUGGAGGAAUCCAUGACUGGCAGCCCAAGCAACGUACAGGAUGGAUUAUCUGGGCCAAACGCAACAACUGAUGCAGGAAGUCGACAACCAAAUGGUGACAGGCCGUUCCAGUGCAACCAGUGUGGUGUCUCGUUCACCCAGAAGGGAAACCUGCUGCGACACAUCAAGCUGCACACAGGCGAAAAACCUUUCAAAUGCCCCUUCUGUAGCUACGCCUGCCGGCGGCGCGAUGCUCUCACUGGACAUUUGCGCACUCAUGCUGUUGGUAAACCUCACAAGUGUAACUACUGCGGACGAAGUUAUAAACAGCGCACGUCUUUAGAAGAACACAAAGAGCGCUGCCAUAGUUACCUGCACGGUAUCGGCCUGGAACCGACCACCAACACUGGUGCUUACACAGGUGAGGUUCCUAAAGAUCCACGGCCCAUGACAGAGGCCAACUCGAUGGCUACCUUUGAUCGGCCGCCUGUUAUUGAAAGGCUGCAUAGCAAUGUGGGCAAGAGGAAGAGCACCACGCCUCAGAAAUUUGUGGGUGAAAAGAUGGUUCGUUACAGUUACCCUGAUAUGAGCUACGAUAUGGGCUUUAAGUAUGAAAAGCAGGCUGAAAUGAUGCCAGCCCACGUGAUAGACCAGGCCAUCAGCAAUGCCAUGACAUACCUGGGAUCAGACAACCUUCGGCCCAUUCUCCACCAUCCAGGUCCCCCUCUCUCUAUGGCUGAAAUGGUACCCAUGGUCAACCCCCUCUUCCACCGUGUCUUGCCACUGAACCAACAAACAGAGCGUCCAGGAAACUGUGACACCCUGCCACCACAUCCACCUCAGCCCCAUGACUUCCCCAGCCAUCCCACUUCAAAUGGCCCUACCGCUUUAACCAGGCAGGGCAAGCCACCCCUGUCAGGGCAAGAGGAAUCUCCCAACCACAGUGGAGUUGAAUCUGCUGACUCAGCUCGCAGCAGCCCACAGGAGAGGCAGGGCUACCUUGGGAGCAACCACCCUCCCAGCCUCAGGUCUCGAGCAAGUCCAGCGGUGGUCUUUUCAGGUGAGCAGGUAAGAGACGCAUCACCAAGAGGUGUGGCAGGAAUGGGGACUGGGCUAAUCCGAGUAUCCACAGAGAGGCCUACGAACCAGGAAGGGGUGCGGGUGUUUGGACGAGAGGGCCAGGAGUUGCGAGCCUUCCAGUGCGAGCACUGUCGGGUGCUCUUCCUGGAUCAUGUCAUGUACACCAUCCAUAUGGGUUGUCACGGAUACAGAGAUCCACUGGAGUGCAACAUCUGUGGUCACCGCAGCAAAGAUCGCUAUGAGUUCUCCUCUCACAUAGUCCGUGGUGAACACACCUUCCAGUAAGAGGAUUGAAAGGAAGUAAGAGGAAGACAAAGAAGGGAAAGGAGCAAUAGCCUGAUAUCUAUCCUUAUCCCCAGACCUCUGAGACUGCACAGUUGAAUGGAACUGUAGACAAGUGUAGCACAAUCAAAGACUUAUUUUUAAGCUUCUUAUUGUGAAUCAGAACAGUUUAACAAUCAUAUGAAGGUAUGGGCCAAAGACAUAUUUUCUGCAUAUUUAAUUAAUAAUUAAAUGUAGAGGAAGGAAGUUGUUUUUUUUCUCUCUCCCAAAACAGAGCAGCUGUCAGAUAACUUUGACUAUUUUUUCUUUUUAGUCUUUUUUGGAAAUCUCUUUUUGUUAUUGUCGCUUUGCGACCGUGUGGGCUCAGUGUGGUGCAGAAAAUUAAAGUUUCAGUUCAUCCAGAUAGACCGUCAUCACUGACACCAGCGGCACAGGUAAAGUAUAAGAAGACUGGAGAUAGUCUCUAAUCCAAAAUAGAAUAAUACUAAUGAUAAUUACAGACAUCCAUGGAUUCUUUCAUAAUAACAGCAUGUACUGGGGUGGUAUUUAUGUGUUCAAAAAGUUCAGAUCAUCUGUGUUUAUGAUAUUAAAUGCACUGAAACCAUUUAAAAUGCUUGCUAAAAACAAAUCCCAGGAAUAGUCAUGGUACUGAAUUGGUCCACUUACUGUGGCAUGUUACACAAGAUCUGUGCAGUUUUUUUUUUGUCAAAGACAUUGCUACAGCCAAUAUUUCCCAAUAUUUUUCUGAUAAACAACAGUGUAAUGGUAUGAAUAUCUGGUUCUGUGUGCUCUAGCUGCAAGCAAUUUGGUGUCCAUUGAAUAUGAUUACUAUUGGACUUGAUGUCAGUGCAAUACUGUAGUAGUAGACUGUAGUAGUUAAAAAUAAACUAUUAGAAAGGACUUCAGAUUCUACCAAUAACAAAUAUGACAACAUGCAGUUUAUGAGGGCUUUUAUUCCUGAUACUAUAAAUAUAUGUUAAGAGAACUUGGAGGCUUUGAACAUAAUCUGUGAGGAGAAGUGUCAAUACAAGCAGCAAAUCAGUAUGUUAAUAAACACAAACAAAAACUAGUUUUACUGAUGCAUGUCACAAUUUGUAAAUAAAUUAUGGUUAUCAUAAAUAAGAUUUACCAUCCAAAAACAAAUGUUCCACAGUUUUAUUCGGGCAUGUUAUGUCUAAUUUGUUUUAGCCAGACAGCUACCUCUUAACAACCACUUUGUAACAUUCAGCUGAUAUGACCGUCUUCACUGAUCAAUUUUAACAUAGUGACAGACAUUAUAUAGUUGUAUUAGGUUAUAUUUCCUAUCACAAAUCAUGUGAAAAUCAGUUGCAAAUUUUUUUACUCACACCAAUGCUUUUCCGAUUCUCUCUGGCUGGUAAACACUUAUCUAGCACUGGCACAGAAAAAGAAAACCUCCAACUUUUUGGCGGCAGAUUUUAUCAUUUGUAAUGUUAAAAAAAUAAUGUAAAAAAAAAAAAAAGUCCUGUCAAAAAUAAAGCACUAAAUAAAUUAGCUCAACCAGUUUUUGAAAAAUUAAACCCAUUUUACAUUCGAUAGUAGCAAAUGCAAAUGUUUUAGUUUAUCAAGCUUACUGAAAGUUGCAAAUAGAAUCAAUUUGGCAUUCAUGAAUCUAAUGAAUUUAUAAAAUGUACAUUUUGAAUUGUCAUACGUUUGUAAAACAUUUUAUUCAUGUAUCCUGAGACUGGAUUUGGUGCUUGUAUUAAGAGUCAUUUCUCUCCAUAGUAAUCAGACUCAGUUUGCACUUACAAGGUAGAACUAUUGAUCAUGAGGCAAAAUCACACAGGAAGGAAAACAGGAAGGUAUAUCAAGUGUAGCCUAAUGGGUCUUGUCAGCCCUGCAACCUGUUUCUCUUACAGAAAAUUAUUAAAUCCUGACGACUCAUGGGUCCUGUAGCUUGCAACGUUAGCACACAGUUCAAUUUCUAAACUUUGAGUAUCACAGUUUGUUUGACACUGGCAGACUUAUACAUUCACAGCCAAAAAUGGCAGAGGGUGGUAAAGUACCCGUUUUCCUUUUGUUGGCUUAAAAAUUUAGAACUUAUUUAACCAUCUAGCUGGAGUAUGGUGAUUUACCAGAAUGGAUACCACUGAUGUACCUCACAUAAUGCUUUAGGCCUAUGUUUUUGAUCAAAUCCACUUUGCAGUUUAGGCUGGACGGGUCUGUGUGUAUAUAUAGUAUAAGUGGGUUUUUUUGUUGUUGUUUUUUGUUUUGUUUUUGUUUUUGUGUUUGUUUUUUUAGGGCUUUCCUUGGGGAUUGGGUCAGGUGGGGCCAGCAUUACUGGUGCUGUUUCCUAGCACGCUAAAUACAUGCUUACAUGCCUGGAUUUAAUGCCAUCUUUCAUCCUGUUUGUAUGUCAUAACAGUUACAGGGAAACAUCACAGACAUGCUUUGUCCAUGGCAACUUAACAUUUUACAUCGCACAGCUUGAAUUGAAGCUGAACUCCUAAAAUGUAUUGCAUUGUGGGAACUGAGGGAGUUCCUUAUGUGUGUGUCAUGUUGGUUUCCUACUGUAGUGUUAUUAACCUGAUCUUGUUUCAAUAAGGCUGCUCAUUCUUUGCUCCUCACCAUCUCACACACAAGCACACACACACACUAAUGUCUUCAACUUUUCCUCGCUCUUUGAGUCUUUGCUUGGCAUAACAUUGCCACAUUCACAUAUGACCUUUUACAGAGGGAAUCAAGAGCAAGACAGCGUGAGCAAGAGGAAAAGUGAAAGAAGUGUGGUUACCACAUAGUACUACUCUGAAGGCACUUCCCAAAACUGUAGCAUUCCGAGUCACCUCUGUAAACCUGCUCUAACAUUAAAGACUCAUGUAUGCAAAGUGUAAAUGGAGAGUAGGGGAUUUUCACCUCCAAAAUCUCUGGUCCAUCAUCUGCAGUAUCUAUGUUGAAGGAUAACAGAUUUUGAUCCUUAAGGCCAGUUGCAGCUCCUCCAGAGUUAUGGUGUCUGCCUGUGAAAGGACUCUGAUAUAACUGUACUUUGUACAGUUGGCCAUGCACUUUAUGUCCGUGCCCUGCCUAUAGGCAGCAUUGUUUGUUUGACGUUACAUUAAAGUGUAGGUAGAGUGGAAAACCAUCACUGACAGAACACAGGUUAGUCUUUUGUUUUAAAAGAACAGUCUUGGAGUUGCACAUCGGAAAUUAAGACUCCACGUGGGUUUUGCUAUGCUGUCUGAUGAACAUGUUCUUCUUUAUUGUAUCAGUACUCCCAAGAAGUUUGGUAUUAUUAGUUUCUCACUGAUCAACUUUCUAACAUCAUAAACAGUUGAUUAUGCUAUAAGGUAAAACUCAGUGAUCUAUUCAUCUAUGUUCAGUGUCUACUUGUGAUCAAAAGGCAGCUUUUUCUCUGUUUACAUGUUGCUUCUCUAUUGCGCAACUGGUGCCCAGCUAGCAUAAAAAGUACUGUCUGUAAAGUAUUGGCACUGGAAAUUGUUUACACCUCUGCAUCUGUGAUAUUGACUCUAUACAUUCCUCUACUAUAUUAUUCCUGUAUAUAUUUAUUAUCGGAAAGCCUUAUCUAUUUAGACAGGGGUCCUUCUAAAACAACAUAUCUUUUUCAUUGUUGUAUGAUAUAACAAAAGCUAAUGCUACCCUGAUAAUAAACAAACAGACCAGAACAAAAUUAAAUUGAUACAUUAAAGACUAUAUAUAUAUAUAUUUCUUCUUUCUAGUAAUGUUGUAAUAAGGACAGAAUUUAUUGUACACAAAUUCCUUAAAUGAAGCAGCCAUAUGAACAAAAAAGUAAGUUAAAAAAAAGGUCUUCAGCCCUCCUUGUAAGUGAGGAGUUUACUUGAAAAUCAAAAUCAUUGGUAUUGUUUCAGAUUGCGGGGAUGUUUUUUGUAAAAUUUGAAAGUGAGUGUGCUAAAUGUCUAUUUUUCUGCUGAAAUGCUAAUGCAAACAGUUUUGUGAACUUUGUGUUUUUUUUAAUUUGAAAAAUGUUUACAAAAAUGUAAAGGACAGGGUUCAGGUGCAUUGUAUUUUUUAUGAAAUAAUAUAUGAACGGUGUAUAUUUUGGCACUGAAUAUUGACAUUAUCCAAAAAUGUGUGCUGAUUGAUCAUCUCCGAUGUUGAUAACAACUAUCUGAUGUGAGGGCUCUCAGGUAUUUGCAUAGGUUGUGUAUUUUUAUGUCCUAAAAUAUGUGAUUUAUUUAUCAAAAAAAAAGAUGCACAUUAAUUGAAAUACUUUAGUAAUUUCUCUUGACUUAAAUCAGUCCAGUACUGAAUGUGGUGAAGGAAGCUGGAGGAUUGUUCAGCCUUGUUUUUCAACAUCAAUGACAAUACAUGAAGACACACUGCUGUGAAGAAUACAAUGUAUAUUUUUGAGGCAUGGGUUUCUCUCAAUUAAAAAAAAAAAAAAAAAAAAAAAGAUGAUUU